AUUUUGGAAGCCAUGUCGUUGCUCAAGGAAGUGAAUGCGUCUGCAACGGUGGCAUGGAGUCCCAUCAAGCACAGAAGCAACUUGAUUGCCCUUGGGUCCAAGGAUGGCGUCGGUGUCGGCUUCGAGAGUUACGGGGGUGAACUGCAGCUCAUGUCGAUGGACUUUGCCGACGUCAGCCCGGCCCCGAUCCAACUCGGGAGUAUCAAGACAUCGUCGCGCUUCUUGUCGCUCUCAUGGGCAGAUGUCGUACGUCAUCAAAGUUCCAUGGAACUUGGUGUGUUGGCGGGUGGGAUGGCCGACGGAACAGUCAACAUUUGGGACCCGUCCAAGAUCGCGGCGAACGCGCCUGCUGAAGUCGGCAAAGUGUCGCGACACAAGGGACCUGUGAACGCCGUGCAGUUCAACCCACACCCAGAGAUGUCGCACCUGUUGGCGUCCGGCGGUGGCGAUGGUGAAGUGUAUGUGAUGUCCCUGGACAAGCUGAACGCCCCUCAAGUGUACACUCCUGGCGGCCCCAACUACACAGCGACCCCCGGCAACGAAAUCACAUGCUUGGCGUGGAACACUCAAGUCGCGCACAUUCUCGCGAGCGGGUCCCAGAACGGUUCGACAGUGGUGUGGGACAUGAAGUCCAAGAAACCUUUCUGCGAGCUCAAGGACAUGUCUCGCUCUCCCGUGUCUUGCGUCGCGUGGAACCCGAACGAAGGCCUGCACAUCAUCACAGCGUCCUCGGACGACCAGCGCCCCGUGCUGCGUCUGUGGGAUCUUCGAUCGUCGACGUCCACGCCGCUCGCCGAACUGCACGGCCACACGGCGGGCAUUCUGUCCAUGUCGUGGUGCCCCAACGAUGCUGGCUUUGUCUUGUCCAGUGCCAAGGACAAUCGCACGUUGCUGUGGGACCUCUUCACGGGGCAGCCGUUCUUCGAACUGCCGUCGAACGUCCCUACCCAACCCGUGGGCGGUUCGUUCUUCUCGGGCGGCGGGGGCGGCCAACGCCGGUUCAACGUCCAGUGGUCGCCCAAGAUCCCGGCCGUGGCGUCGGCAUGUACAUUCGACGGCAAGGUCCAAGUGUGGGGACUCACGGGCAGUGGCACGGGCGCCACCCGCGCGCCCAAGUGGUCAACGCGGCCAGUGAGUGCUUCGUUUGGGUUUGGCGGGAAACUGGUGGUCACAAACGCCCGAUCGUCCACUCCUCAACAACAACAGCAAUAUGGCCAGCCCAAGGAGUUCCGCCCCGUGCACAUCCACAAGAUCUCGAGCGACCCGUCGAUUGUAGCUGGCGCCGACUUGUUGGAGCAAGCAUUAGCCCAGAAGGACUUUCAACGGCACUGCGAUGCCAAAGUGGCCAGCGCCAAGACGCCAGCGGACAAGGCGACGUGGAGCUUUAUGAAGAUCCUGUUUGAUCGGGCGUCGGCUCGAACGCAGCUGCUUUUGCACUUGGGCUACGACAGCAACCAGAUCAAAGCCGACGCACGAACGUACUUGGGCAAGGACGAGCCGUUGGAAGCCGCCGACACGCCCGCCCCUCUACCUCCUCCCCAAGCCCAACCAACGGUGAGCGCCGCGGAUGUGUUUGGCGCUGCGCCACCGCCGCCGGACCUCACGCCUCCUCACACACCGCCAAAGAAAGCAGGCGCCAUCCCAAUCGACACGAGCGAGCGGAUUCAAGGGGCACAGGGGCCGACGUACACGGAAGCGUCGGAGAGCAUCAUCAAGCGGCUGCUUCUCGUGGGCGAUUUUGACGCGGCUGUGGAUGUGUGCUUAGCCAACUUUCAGCUGGCGGACGCGCUCCUGUUGGCAUGCCAAGGCGGCGAGGAGCUGUGGGUUAAGACCCAGGAAGCGUGCUUGGCGGCGGGCAAGGCGCGGCCGUUUAUGAAGAUCGUCAAGGCCAUGAUGAAGCGCGACUUGGCGGCGCUCGUCGCCGACUCGGACGGCCACCAGUGGACGGAAACCCUCGCCAUCCUCACGACAUAUGCGACCGGCGACGAGUUUGGGGUGCUCGUGGACCAACUGGCGGCGAAAUUGGAAGCGCUCGGCGAUGUCGCGUCGGCCACGCUGUGCUACAUGUGCUCGUUCAACGUGGAGAAGACAGUCACGGCGUGGGUCAAGGAGGCGGCGAUCGAGUCGAAAACAAGAGAUUCGGUGCUGGUGCUGCAGGAUUUGAUCGAAAAGGUGUCCAUCUUUGCCCAAGCGUCGGACAACCCGGACCAAGAAUUGAACCCCCAAGUUGCGAGCCAGUUUGCUGCGUAUGCGUCGCUGAUGGCAGGACAAGGGCGACUCGAUAUUGCCGGACGGUACGCCAAGUAUGCCGACGUAAGCUGCGCGAUCAUCCGAGACCGCAUCUACCACGCCGCCCCCAACCCCCAAGUCCGUCCGCCGCCGUCGCCGUUUACAGAGCAGGCAGCAGCUCCUGCCAACCCCCGCGGCCAGUACCAGGCUCCAGCGACCGCGGCGUACGGCCAACAAGCUCCUGCUGCGACUGGAGCUUCCCGUGGAGGAUAUGGAGCUGCUCCUCAACCUGCUGCCUACGGAGCUACUCCUCAAUACCAACAGCCGCAACAACAACAGUACGCGAAUUCGGGCUAUAACGCCCAAGCCACGGCGUACCCCACUCCUGCGACUCCUGCUUACAACACCCAAACCACUCCUUCGGCGUACCCGUCGCAGUACGGACCUAACGCUCCUGCUGCCGUGGGUGGGUAUGGCGCCCCCAGCGCUUAUGGCUCGUCGCCUGCACCUACUGCUGCUUACGGUGGCACACCUACUCCAGCGUAUGGCACAACCCCCCCUGCACCUCAAGGGUAUGGUGCUGCACCCACCCAAGGCGCGGGGUAUGGAGCUCCUGCACCUACGUACGGAGCGCCGACCCCUGCCUAUGGCGCUGGUGCACCCGGUGCGCCGUACCGCGCCCCUUCCGCAGUUCCCACUCCAGGCUACGGCGGCCCUGCUUCUAGCUCUGGGGGGUUCCAAGCGCAGCAGCCUCAAGGGUACGCUGCCGCCGCGCCUCCUCCCCCGGCGGCAGUCCCUGCGUACAAUGCGCCCGGCGUCGGGUUUGGCGCGCCGCAGCAAGGAAGCGCGCCGCCUGCCCACGGCGGAUUUGCGCCCCCCGCGGCCGCCGCGCUGCCGAAUCCGUCGUCCCGCAUUUCCACCAUCCCCGUCGACAUCUCCAAGGGCAAAGCCGACGGGUUUGUCAGCAGUGUCGGCAACAAGGACCUGAUCCGCAAGUAUGGCAACUCGACCAACGCCAUCUUGUCCCCUACAGAGAAGGAAAAGGCGGCUGGCUUCCACAACCAGCCGAGUCCCGCGCCGGUGGCGGCCGCCCCGGCCGUCGUGCUCGGUGCCACGGACAACGUGUCGGCGGAAGAUUUGCCCAUUGUCAGGGGCUUCAACGACCUCGUGGCGCUGUUGGAAGGCUCCCAGCUGUCCCCUAUUGAAGCGAAGCAGCUGCCCGAGAUCCAAAAGAGCAAGGAUUUGCUCUUCACCAAGCUCAACACGGGCGAAUUGGCUCCGAAUGUGGUCAAGAGCUUGCAUGAUAUGGUGCUAGCAUUUGCGCGUCAAGACUUCCGCGCCGCCGGACAGAUUCACACGUCUCUGACCACGACCGACUGGGCCCAGCACAAGGAGUGGCUGCGUGGGGUGAAAACCCUCAUCAACCUUGGCGUCAAGCGCUUUAGAUAGAAGAUCCCCCCAGCGUAGGACAUGCACAUUCCAGUCAGCCUAAAUAUGACGACUUUUGUUUAUGUGUGACGUGGUUUGGUGCACGUACUGAUGUACUAGUACUACUAGUAGUAACGUAGAUGGCCAG